GCGAAACCUACCACUCUUAAUCAACGUUUUAAAUGUGCCAAAUAAAGACUGCACCACAUGCCCCAAAUCCAGCCGUCUUUUCAGUAAUGCCAGUGGGCGGGAUGUGGAGGCUAUUGAAGGGAGUAUUAAAACUAAACUUUAUUAAAGAGAGGAUACGCAUGUUUAUUUUCACUUAUUUUCCGUGUUGUGAAGCCUGUUCCCAUUGCACUAACCGACUGCCAAGGCACAAGCCGGGGCAGUACCUAAUUCAAGGUGAGAUGACUCAACUGCAGAGAUAGUGUAAUUACGGCGUCUCAAUGUAAACGAGGAAGAAGUUCAAAUUGAUGCAUAUUUUUAGACAGACUAUAAAACCGCGCCGGGAGUGCGUGCCUGUGCACUUGUCUUCCGGUGUGCUGGGGCAUUGGAGGUCGCCGCCUUCCCCAAACUCGUUGUGGGCGAGAUAGCGAAGGUCGUUGAGUGAAAGUUCCUCCGUCCAUUGCAACCGGAAUCUCGGCGAAUGCGGAUCUGAUAUAACAGGAAGUUUGCUCGGAUCACUGAAGGCGAGUUUUACUCGUUUACCUGUCGCCUGGAACGGUUCCAGCAUCGCCCCACGCUCGGUGCAUCUGCAGCUUUCUUCGAGCCGUGAUACGAGGUGGAUGGUUCUGCCUGCCGCAGCGCUCCCCAAUUGUCUUCAGAAGGUCAGGCUGCGACGGACUGUAACCAUUGCAAAUCUUUUGAACAGGGACUGCGCUUGGAUCGGUUGACAGCUCCUCUGACUACGAGACCAAACUCCAACAGGCACUGUUGAAAACCAAAACACGUCUAUGUACUACUACAAGGCACAUCAGCUGGAAGAGUUGCAUUGAAUGAUGGGUGGAUUUCACCAUUUCAUUUACUGAGAAUUUUAUUUUGUAUUGAUUAACACAAUGGCAUCCGAUGCAAAUUGAUGGAAAAGAAUGCUUUUGACAUGAAGUUAGAAGAACAAAGACGAUUUUUGUACAUAUUGUACAGGAUUGUAACAAAGUGACUGAGAACGGAAGUUUGAAGACCAACACUUCAGGCUAAGAAAUAACAUUUGGAAAAGCUGACUUUCUCCUUUAAAUAUUUCAAGAAUCUAACUGCCGGCUUCUGGCACAGGGACAACAUUUUACUGAACAUACAGAUGAUUUGUAAUAGAAUCCUCUUAAAUCUUUAUGGUCAAAUAGCCUGAUAAACACAGCAAUGGGAGUAAACUAAGUUGUGUAUUUCUUUUGGUCAAUAGUCUCGAUUUAUAAAAUAGAAAGCCUGACACCUCAUGGACUUGAAACUGCUGGUACUGCAAUUAUAAAACUGCAAUUUAGAUGUUGUGGAUUCAGCUGAAGAGGAAAAGUGAACAAAGGGCUGCAACAAUAGUUUGGAACUGCUACCAGGAACUGCAAGAUACACAGAUCCGCUCAGUGACGGAAUGCUAAACUACAGCACACGACUGAACAGCACCAAAGCAGAGGAGGAGAGCGACUGUGAAGUUGGUAGCAGCAGACUUGUCGGGCAUGAGGAAAACAGCAUCGGCCCAGCCACUGCAGUAAAUAUGGAGAAAGGAUCCCCUUUUGUAUCUCUUAACUCUUCGGGUUACUGGUCCGAUAUGCAAAGCCAGUCUCUUGAAACAGACAGAGAAUCUACUCAUGGAGAUAAAAUGGCUGUAGGUAAAUGGGAGCAUCCGCCUGAAUCACGGUCACUGAACCAGGACACAGAUUGUGAAGAUCAUUUGCUGGGAUCCUCUGUGAAACAACAAUUUCCUAAAGAUGUGACAUUAUCAUACAGUGUUAUCAGUCAAAAAUCAGGACUUGUCGAUCAUGAGCUUCAAGAGGCUACAAGAAGGAGGCUGUGCAUUCUGGAAAGCGAAACCAAAGAUGUUGCCGCACUUUUCAAUGAAUUAUCAUCGCGGCUGAUUUCAAUUCACGCAGAGAAGGACCUCUUUGUUCUCACCUUUAAGACUGUUGAGGAAAUUUGGAAAUUUACAACUUAUCUUUCCCUAGGAUUUGUCGGUCGCUGUUUGGAAAACUUGUUGUUAGACCAACAUUUCUGGUUGAAUGUCUCUCUUGUGGAAGAUGUGAAGAUUCAGGUUAAAGUAAAUGAAGUACAUUUGUCACUGAUGUAUUUGGAUCUUCUGUUACAGGAAGGUCACUUUUUCACCAGAGCCUUAUCCAACAUUCCAAAGAGUGAGGAGCAAGAUAUGAACAUCUGCAAGGACGAUCUCAUCAUGGUUAAAGAUGUUGGGAAUGACUCCAAGUGGGAAGCAACCACACUUUUGACAAAUGAAAAGGGUCUCAUUCCCGUUUCUGCUCCACAGGCCCUUCUCUACCCAUUUUACCAGUGGUUCUUGAAGACGAGAGGAGGGAACUUUGGUGACCAUGAGGAACAUAAACAACACCACUUCCCCCAUUCAAUUGGUACUGGUACCUGUGUCGCAACUGUAGAUUACAAAGAGGGUGAGGUGGAUGAAUUGUGCUUCAGUGAAGGAGAAACGAUUCAGAUAAUUGGCUUCCUUCUUUCUAACCUGCGGUGGUUUUUGGGGAAGUCUUUAGCCACUGGAUUAACUGGGUUUGUACCAGUAGAGCACGUGCAGCCAGACCAGUUCAAAACACUGGAAAGCCAUCUUCUAUUCUUAAGUGAUGAAGAAAAGUCUUCUUUGAGCAUGUUCAGAAAACCUGAUGAAGAGCAUUGCAUCAAUCUCCUGAACAAACUCUCACAAACUGAUGUGGACACUGUUUAUCGCUUAGGGGAAUUACUUCCUUUCACAUAUGAUCAGCACCUCCUGUCUAACCAAGAUGGACUUACUCCUGCCAACAACAUUCCUGAUGUGAACCCUUCAAAAUACAAGGAAAUAGAACAAAUCGUUCCAGAAAAGGAUCAGCCCAAUCAUCCAAUAUUUUAUAUAGGCCUUAGUAUUGAAGAGAUGAAUGAUCCCGAAGUCUUUGACCCAUUAUUAUUAUUUCUAAACCAAAAGGAAUACAUUCCACAUUUCAGACAUUUCUAUGACUUGAACUUUUCUUUCUUAGGCUCCAUCUUGUAUGGAAUAACUGAAGAGAAAGAAGUUUUGCAGUACUUGGAAAUGGCAAGAGAGAUGGCCAAAAUGCAUGACAAACAUUGGGCAUACUGCCGAAUCUGUUUCCUGUUGGGAAGAUUCUGUGCUAAAAGACUCAGGUUCUCACAGGCCAGAAUAUACUUUGAAGAAGCAAUGACUCUGGUACAAGGGACAUUUUCCGACCUCUAUCUGUUGACUGCUUUAUAUGUGAACUUGGCAUCUGUAUACUUGAAGCUAAAAAUGAAAGUGAAAUCUCACACCCUUGUGGAAAAGGCUGCAACUCUCCUUCUGUGCAUCCCGUCCCAUGCCUUCAGUUCAGAGAAUGAGCUGGAGAUACUUAACAUUCUCCUCAAAAAAGCAAUGAUCGUCAAUGAUUAUCACCUGGAGGCACGUAGUUGUUUUCUAAUCGCAAAACUAUUUUUAGAAAGUGGAAAGUCUGAAGAGACACUGUUGUUUGCUGAACAUUUGCAGUUUCUUUCAAAUAGUUUCAGUUCACAAAGCAACAUAGUCCCAAUAGAUGUGCACUUGAUUCUAAGUUACAUAUACAACAAAAAGUGCUUACCACAGCUUGCACUGGCAGCUCUAAGAUUUUCUCAACCUGGCUCAAGUAGCACGUUGUUUGGUUCUUUGCAGAAGGCAGACUUUGUUAUUGAAACAAUUGCAAAGUUUAACUCACAAGAAAUGUGUAUGGGUGAAAUCCCUUCACAGGCUGCAUUUUACCUUCACGAGGCUCUAGAUCUCUCAUCUAGAAUUGGCAACAUUGACAUCCUGCGGGAUUUGAACUUUGCGUUGGCUAAUUUAUAUCAGCAACAUAAGCUGUAUGAAAGGGCAAUUAAUUGCAUGAAAAAGUGUGCAGAAGUAGCAAGCUGCACCAGUGAUGGAGGAGCUUACAAAGCCUAUCUUUCUCUUGCAUGGUUAUAUGUUCUAAAUAAUCAGCCUAUCUUAGCAUCAGAAAUAUUGAAUUCGCUUUUGGAAUCGUCGCUUGAAACACACAACCCUAUACAACAGGGAAUUAUUCACAACAUGCUGGCGCUCUCUCUAAGAAAGCACACCAGGCUAAAAGAAGCAAUGGAAAACUGCUAUUGUGCAAUAGUAACUGCAGAAGAAAGUGGCAUAAAAUGUAACCAAGCCAUAGCUCAUGCUAACUUUGGGUCUCUGACUCUGUGUUGUAAAAUUCUUGCACUGCCUGGACGCUACCUCAGAAAAUCGUUAAAUCUGUAUUUACAAAUGCAAGACUGCUGCUUGGAAGUAGGUUAUGUGCAAGUUCUCCUAAGUUUGGGGCAAUACUACAUAGACAGAGGCAUGAGAAACGAUGGGAGACUGCAUUAUGAACUAGCACUUCUUACUGCCAUGAAAACCAACAAUGUUUAUUACCAAAUCCAGGCCAUGGAACAACUCUGCAGAUUCUGUGGAAAGGUUUUACAUGAUAAAAUGCAAUGCAUUACAUAUUAUGAGCACUGGUUGGUACUCACUCAGAGGUUAAAGGACAAAGAACAGGAAAUGAAAAUGUUGACCAUUCUAAGUCAUCUUUGCUUUUCAUGUAACACACAAAGUUCCUACAGGUUAUCUCUCAGCUACACCAAACAGAACCUGAAGAACUUUAUUGAUCUGGGAAUGCACAGCAAGGAGGCAGAAGCCUGGUUGAUGGCCGGCAAAACGUAUUACAUGAUGGAAAAAGAUGAACUAGUCGAACUAUACUUACAGGCUGCUGUGCAGACAGCUGAGAGAAUGGAGAACAUGCACUUUACCAUGACAAUAAAUGAAGCGGCUGGUGAUGUGUUUUACAAUGGACCCAGAGAACGAGAGAAAGCAGAAUCAUUUUAUCGGGAUGGGGCUGUACCUCUGGCAAGGGUGAAGAAAGACCUUGAUGUAGAGCUCAGACUCUUUAACAAACUGACUGAACUUAACAUUUCUUUAAACCAUCUUGAUCAAGCUCUAGAUUACGCAAAGACAGCUGUAAGACUCAGUGUAAACACUGGAGACCAACUAAAGGAACGUGUUGCUUUUUAUCGACUAGCCACGGUGUACUAUUUGUUUCAGCAGUAUGAGAUGGCUGAAAACUACUACCUGAAGGCUCUGUCCCUGAGUUCGCACAUAUUGCUGUUUGCAAAGGAAGCAAAGUACUAUGUGAAAAUUUAUUUCAGACUGGGUGAUAUUACACUUCACAAAUUCAAGGACCCUUACGAUGCUGCUGGCUAUUUCCAAAUGGCAUUUGCUGCAGCUAUUGAACUAGGAAGCAAGGAAGAUUUGUUUAAUAUUUGUACUAAACUUGCCAACAUUUACAAGAACUACAUUGUGAAUGAAGAUCUAUGUUCUCAAUUUGUCGAGAAAGCAAAGCUACUAAGCACUAAGCUACACAAAAACAAGCAGAACACAUGACCAAACUAAUGUGAAGUUACUCAAAAUGUAAAGUGAACUCCUAUACCAUAUCACUACCACAAAAAAAUGUAAAGCAAAUUUCUAAUGUUGCUUGUUCAAGUACAUUUAUCUUUUAUGUUCAAGAACUAAGGUGUAACUGAAAACCUGUACCAAGGGGCAACUACAAAGUUGAAAUGAACAAUUUGGUGACCGGAGAUGCUAAUUGGAUUCUAUGAGCUGGACCAUAGACUUUAAAAGUAGUGAAGAAUUUAGUUUAGAGUUUCUUGUGGAUAUGUCAAAAUGAUCCACAUUUUGUUCUAUUAUAGUUACCAUAUUGUAUAAGAUAGAAACAUCUGGGAACAGCAAAACAUGCAUCGUCAAAGUUUAUGGUGAUGAUAAAAUUGAAAUUAAAGUGUUUUCCAAUAUUUAAGCUGUUAAGGGGCUGUCCCACUUGGGCGACCUAAUGGCGAGUUUAGGAGAGUUUGGAAAAAAAGGCAUGUUGAAGACCUCCUUCGACUAUGUAGAA